UGUGAACGUGUAUCAUUUAUUUAUAACCUAAAAUCAAUCUUCAUGGCGUUAUCAUCAGAAUUAAAGGAAUUAAACAUGGCGCAUCUUUACUGUAAUGUGUGUUUGCGUAGUUUUUCCCAGAAAGAAUAAAUCCCAGAUAUUUAUAAAUCGUUCAUAAUUUGACUAUUUACUCUCGUUUCUAAGGACGCAAGAAGUUCCGUAAUUAUUUUACUUUUUUUAGGCGUGAUAACGUCAGUAGGGCCUAUACAAUAUAUCAAUACUGCAUUCCAUUUAGUUCAACUGAGGGGAGAAAAAGAAAAAAUGACAGCAGAAUGUGUAAGGGUCAUCGUCAGGUGCCGUCCUAUGAACGAAAGAGAGAAAAAUCUGAACUGUAAAGAUGUGUUGAUGAUGGACAGUAGUAGAGGUCUUUGUACCAUUAAAAAUCCUGGUGAUCCUAAAGCCCCGCCUAAACAUUUCACAUUUGAUGGAUCCUACUUUACAGAUUCUACCACAGAACAAAUAUAUAAUGAUAUAGCAUACCCUUUAGUAGAGGGUGUAACAGAAGGGUACAAUGGAACUAUAUUUGCAUAUGGACAAACAGGAUGUGGUAAAUCAUUCUCUAUGCAGGGUAUUACAGAUCCCCCUACACAGAGAGGAAUUAUACCAAGAGCAUUUGACCAUGUUUUUGAGACGGUAUCUGUUACGGAUGGUACCAAGUUUCUUAUACAUGCUGCUUAUCUUGAGAUUUAUAAUGAAGAAAUUAGAGAUUUACUCGGAAAAGAUGCAAAAGCUAAACUAGAUCUACACGAACAUCCAGAGAAAGGUGUUUAUGUAAAUGGUCUGUCUAUGCAUCCUGUACAUAAUGUAAGUGAAUGUCAGAAAGUUAUGGAUAAAGGCUGGAGAAACAGAGCAACAGGUGCUACAUUGAUGAAUGCGGACUCGUCUCGUAGUCAUUCUAUAUUUACCAUCUAUCUGGAGAUGGCGAAUGUAGAUGAAUCUGGUGAAGAACAUAUACGAGCUGGUAAACUUAACUUGGUUGAUUUGGCUGGUAGUGAAAGACAAGCUAAAACAGGUGCAACUGGAGAUAGAUUAAAGGAAGCAACCAAAAUUAACUUGUCUCUGUCAGCUCUGGGUAAUGUUAUCUCAGCUUUAGUUGAUGGUAAAUCUAAACAUAUACCAUACAGAGACUCAAAACUAACACGAUUGCUACAAGAUUCCCUUGGAGGAAAUACCAAAACCAUGAUGGUGGCCUGUCUAUCACCAGCUGACAAUAACUAUGAUGAAACCCUGAGUACGCUACGUUACGCCAACCGUGCCAAAAACAUCAAAAAUAAACCCAAGAUCAAUGAAGAUCCUAAAGAUGCUUUAUUGCGGCAGUACCAAGAAGAGAUCGAGAAACUUAAAGCCAUGUUGAUGGGCAAGUUACCAUUAUCACCAGAUGGACUAACAGGUAUAGAUGUUAAUAAUGUGAAACAAGGACAAACUGCAAUAGAGCAUUCUGGUAUAACACGUGAAGAAUUAGAAGAAGAAAAAGAAAGACUUAGACAGGAGUAUGAAACAGAAAUGUCGGAAAUGAAACAGAUGUAUGAAGCGGAGAAGACUAACAAAGGAAGAUUGGAAGAAGACAUGCAGAAACUACGUCACUUUUAUGAUAAUAAAUUGCAAGAUGUAAAUGGACAGUUAGACCACUUACCAUCAACUGCUGAAGUGCUAGGUGAAACAGACGACAGUGAUACCAGUUUAACACCACGUACAAGAGAAAGUAAAAAAAGUAAAGUAAAUAAAAGUCAAUCACCAAGAGAUGAAGAAAGAGAAAAUUCACCAAAUAAUCAGCAAGAUGAACAACACUUGAUUGACAAAACUGGACAAACAGUGGUAUUGGAUGAAGAACUUUUCGCUCAUCAAAGUGUUAAUCCUGCCAGUAUAGCACUGCCACCAAGAGAAUCUGAAAUGGGCACUGGUAAACCAAUAAAAAGUAAAUCACUAACCCCUACUCCAUCUAAUACACAAUCGGCCUCUGCAAAAGAUGAAGCCAAAAAACGAUUACAAGAGUUAGAGAAUCAGAUGGUUGGAGGUGAAAAUGUCAACAACCAAGAAGUAAAAGAAAGAAGAAAAGUUAGAAAAAAGUUUGCUGAACAAAAACGUCUUAAAUUAGCAGAAGCUGUAGCUAAGAUGGAUGAUGAUGGUAUUAUGUUAAAGUUGUUUGAUAAUGUACACGAUGAACUUAAAGUUAAAACACAAUUACUUGAACAUGAAAAGGAAAAGGUAUUGGGAUUAGAGAGAGAAGUAUUAGAUCUACAGUCUGAGUUUGAGUUUGAUCGUAUAGAUUAUCUAGAUACAAUGAGAAAACAAGAUAAGCAAAUUAAACUAUUAGAAGCUUUACUAGAGAGAAUACAGCCAUGUAUACGCAGAGAUUCUAACUAUAGUAAUCUAGAUAGAGUUAAACUAGAUUGUAAAUGGGAUGAAGCUAAUGAGAAAUGGAUAUUACCUAAACUAGUCAUAGAACGUACAGCUUUACCCUCUACAGGUCCAGGGACUACCAUGCCCAGUGUAAGAUCAUCAGAGGCACGUAAUCGACCAAUAGGUGGACCCUCCAAUGGUGAUAUAGGACAUGGUUAUAAUGACCCGGUUGAUGACAGAUAUCGUGAGAGACUGGGAAGAAAUGACGAUUUCUCUAAUUCUUAUUUUCAACCAAAGAGAGCAAGUCAGUUGAUUGGUUCACCAGAUCCUUAUCAUAAAAUCAAUAUGAGAGAAAUAAGGAAUAGUUACGGCGUCAGUAGUAACGGUAAUAUAAGUAACGGAAACGGUUUUACUGAAGAACCAAUGAAAAAAGAAUUACGAGCUGCUGCAGUGCACGGACAAUUGAUAGAACAAGAGGAGGCUGGACUACGACGACCUGGUAAACUUGAAGCACUACCUGCUGGCAAAAAAUCCAAGAAAAAGAAAGGUACUUUAAAUGAUGGUUAUUAAUUAAUAAGAUAUAUAAAACUACACACAUAUCUGUACAUAUGAUUUUUUUUAUUUAUUAAGGGCACAUCAAACCAAUCUGUUCACAUAUAAUUUGCUUAGGUCAAAAAUGUGUGACCUGUUGUGAUAGCAAAAUGAGUUUUUAAGAUAUGAACGAACCGUUAAAAUGGGCUUAAAAUACCUUUUUAGUGAUAUAAUGCAAAAGGUUAAAGUUAAUCACACUACAUUUUUUCAUAUUUUUAGCCUAUUUUCAGAUUUUUGUUUGUAUAUUAUUAUCGUGAACGAUGACUUGCAACUCAUUUUGCUACUAAGGAAAAAGCAGAAUAUUUUUUUUUUAUCUUAGACCCAUAAAGAUGAAAGUGUAAAAUCAAUAGAUUAGAAACCAAUGUCAAUUUAAAUCUCCAAAACAAAAGUUGAAAUUGACCCAUUUGAAUAAUUUUUGAACCAAAAUGUUCUUAUUGUGUUUUGUCUUAGCCCGUUAAGCGUGACAUUUUUAAAACAUUAACUACCCCCUAUUGUGUAAUUAAUUUGACGAAGUGACAAAGAACUAUGUAUUAUGUUCUAAAAAUAGGUUGGGGAAAAUACCUCCAAGGCGUUAUAUUACGCCCUACACACAGUGAGUGGCAGUUGUCCAGGACGUUAUAUAACGACCUACGCACUUAACGGGUUAAACUAUAUAUUUAACAUGUGUAAAGGUCAUAAAAAGUAAUACAAAAAAAGGGUUUAUCACAUAUUCAAAUAAUAAUUGGAGGGUCUAGAGCAUAAGUGAUCUAACUACAAACAUCCUGUUUUUAGAAAAUUAACCUCAAAAUCUAAACCAUUUCACACCACUAUUGGUACCAAAUUCAAAUUAUUACUGAAUAUUAUACACGUUGAGGGCUAUCUCUGUUCAUGUGCCCACUUCAAUCUGGCUUUCAUGAAAAAAUGUACAGGCUUUUUAAUUUCAGAUAGAUCCCUUGAAUACAUGCAAAUUAUCCAACUUAGAUUUAAAAACUAGAGUUAUAUCAAUAGUCACAAAUCCAUUUUUAUACGCCCACAUGUAUUGGUCACUGUAUUUGUAGUCAAAAAAUCAUUCACUGCUGCCUAGGUUACCAGUUAACAUUCAUGAACAGAGAUAAUCAUGUCUCAAAUCAAGUGUUGCUCAUGCUGAAGUUUAGUGAAAUUGUAGAGGUGCAAAGUUAAAGUGGAUGGAGGAGGGGUAAGAUGGAUGGGCCAGGCAAGUAAAGUGUGUAGGACGGGAAUGAGGUGGGAACCAGGGUUGGGGGAUUAGAAUGGGAGGGGAGGAGUAAGGUGACUGGAGGAGUGUAUGUCUGGUAUAAAUGGGUAGUGUUGGUAUUUGAUAAGAAAGGUAGAAAGAGCAUGGAAGGCAGAAUGAGCGGAAGCGAUUAUAAUAGGUGGAAGGUGAUAUGGGGAAUUGUUAUGGGGAAUUGUUAUGGGAGGUGAGAAGGUGAUGAUCAGUGGACAUGUAGAAAUGAAUGGAAAUAAGUGACACACUCAAAUAAUAUAACAUACACGUACCAGGGUUGAUUAGCAAACUAAUACAUGUUUAUAGUGGUGGUAUCAAGGAAUCAUAUUGUCAUUUUGAACUCAAAUUAAUCUAUGACCAAAGGGGAUAGAUUACUGUAUAUUUUCAUGUGGACGUAUUAUGUUGUUAUCCCUGUCCGUCUGUGUGUCCGUUAAACUUUUUUUUUUGUGGACCCUCUACAGGUCACAAUUUUUAUCUGCUUUUGAUGAACCUUUAAAUAUGACUUUAUAUCCCAAAGAUCUCGGUUCCGCUUGUGGACCCACUAGAAGUCACAAUUUGUAUUAAAUUUUAAAAAAACAUUUAAAUAUAUCACCAUUACCCAUCAAUGAAUGUUGAGUUUGAAUUUUGUAAAAAUCUGACCCAAACUGCCGGACAAAAUGGCCGCUCCUUGUACGCAAAUAGUGUAAAAGUAUGUAAUACCAAGGUUGUAGACCCUCUAGAAGUCACAAUUUUUAUCUGGUUUUGAAGAAACUUAAAAUGUAUCUUUAUAUCCCAAGUAUCUCAUUCUAUUUCGAUAUUGCCGCAUUUCAGACCAUAACUUCCUGGAUUAUGACCCCUGAUUGUACGAAUAAUCGCUUUUUGUUUGAUUUUUUUACUUUGUUCUCUAUCCAUCUCUUGCAAAAUGUGGGCCUAUCUUGCCUGGCAACCACUAGUUUCUCCUUGUCCACCAGUUUUCUCUCACUGCUAAAGACCCUAUACGCUCAUUUCAAUUAUUGAAAUAAAAUUUACAAUGUUAGUCCCAAAAUGACUUACUUUCUGUUUAAUAGACAUUAAAACCAUUUCUGUGUCUCUCCUUCCCUUCCAUAGAAUCAUUUGUGCUAAAUUACUCAAUGCUGUUUAAAGGAUUACCAAGGAAUUGUAUGAUACCACUUAUUUCACACCAUAAAUUCACUUUCAAUUAAAAGAAUAUUAUGGAAUCCAUGUAGCCGAUUCUCACAAUGGAAAACCUUUUGUGUUGCUAAUGUAUAUUUUGCAAGAAACCUCUUAUCUCUUCAUGAAUAGAAAUAAUCCCAGUUCAUUCUCUUUAACUGAAAUGUGAGAAUAGAACUAGAUACAACAUGAACAAAAUGUAUGAUCUGGUAGCCCAGCUGUAUGCUGAAGGCUCUUACAUCUUUAAAUAGAUGAUGAGAAAGUUAUGAAAUAAUCGGUUUAUUAUUACAUGUUAUGUUUGGUCUGUGAUAAACAGAACAUAAACUUUAAUGGUAAAUAUUCCAUCGCAUCUAUGUACAUAUAUUAUUAAGUUUUUAAAUUCUAUGAAAUGGAUGCCUGUUUUGUUAAAUUAAAUAUUAUUAUAUGGCCAUAUUAUUUUCAAUUUGUUAGGUGUUACUGUGUUUGUAUAUAAAAAUAUUUUAGGAACAAUCAUGUUAUGCAAAUAUUGUAUAGUCUUAUCACUGUACUUCUAAGUUAUUUUAAAACAUUUUAUUUAACUAUUUGGUAAGUUAUUGUAAAACUUUCCGCCUGAGAGUGUAUUUUUUUACAAAUUAUUGUAAAACAUUCCAUCCAAAUGAUUUUUUAUCAGUUAUUGUGAUAUAUUUAUCCAAAUAAAUUUGAUCAGUUAUUGUAAAAUAUUGAAUUUUAUCAGUUAUUGUAAAAAUAUUCCGUCCAAAGACAUUUUAUCAGUUACUGUAAAACAUUUCGUCCAAUGGAAUUUUAUCAAUUAUCGUAACAUAUUCCAGCCAAAGAAAUUUUAUCUGUCUAAAUAAAUUUUAUCAGUUAUCAUAAAUAUUCCACCGAUAGGAAUCUUAUCUCUUAUUGUAAAACAUUCCAUCCAAAAGUUUGUUCUGUUAUUGCUUUUUGAAAACAUUGUAUUGGAAUUCCACUCAAGAAUAUUAUUUAAAACAUUUUUGUUGAAAAAUAUUCUUGUUAGUUUCUGAUUGCAUUGUGAAAAUUAUAAUUGAUUGUAAUUACGGUAUAUUAGUUUUGUUGGAACAAUUACCAUAUUGGUAUGAUGAAUUUAAAUGUUUUAAUUAUUACACACAAAUCAGAACAUAUGUCGUAUAUUCUUUGUAUACAUUGGUCAUAUUCAUGUUAAAAACUAAAUGUAUUAAAAUUGAUCUUUCAUGAAGAAAUGUGCAAAUAUAAGCUCUUAACACUACACUCCUCAAUAUUGUGAUUUAGAAUACACCCUCUAUUAGUUUUGGUUGUUCCGGUGUUAACUGUGAUAACAGAAGACAAUUUGUUAAUGAUAUUAAAGGUCACCAGAAAAGCUUCAUAAUCAUAUAUUAUUUAAAUAAUACAAGUAAUUAUGGCAACAUAUUCGAGUUCCUGUUAUACUUAUGGAAAGGAUAUGUUGACAUAAUUACUUUCUUUAUUUAAAAAAAAAAUGAAGCUUUUCCGGUGACCUUUAACACUUUAAGUAAAAUUUUUAAGUAUAAGCUGAAAUGUAAACAGUAACAAAUCUUUUUAUUUUGUCAUUAUAAAUUUUUUUUUUUCAUUUAUUAAACUGUGAUAUUACA